AAAUCUUUAGUGGGACCCACCCCAGUUCACAGUAAUCGCGCAGCUCUUGUUGCCUCAGCGUCACCGAUCACACAGGACAGGGACCAAAUCAGAGCCCACAAUUAUCUUCUAUUUUGACAACCCAACAAUAAAUUCAACAUCCACCUUCAAGAACUUAAAAUUAGGGUUUAAUAGUGUCAACCUAGUGUUUUCUUCAUCGAAUUAGGGUUUCCUUUACAGUACAGAGAUGGACAAAUUAAAACUAGCUUCAUCUUCUUUGGGCGAGCGAUUGAAGACCGGUGGAGCUCAGAUGAGCCGAAUCGUCAGCACGAAGAUGAAGGAAAUCUUACAAGCCCCAACGGCGGAGUCCAAAUUCGUGGACGAAGCGACGUCGGAGAAUAUGGAAGAGCCCAACUGGGGCAUGAACUUGCGGAUUUGCGCGAUGAUCAACAGCGAAGAGUUGAGCGGUUCGGAGAUCGUGAAGGCAAUCAAGAAGAAGAUAUCGGGAAGAAGUGUGGUGAGCCAGAGGCUGAGUUUUGAUCUGUUGGAGGCGUGCACGUCCAACUGCGAGAAGGUGUUCUCGGAGGUGGCCUCCGAGAAGGUGUUGGAGGAGAUGGUUAGGAUGAUCGAUGAUCCGCGGUCCGAUCACGAGAACAGAGACAAGGCUUUGCAGUUGAUUAGGGCUUGGGGCCAGUCCGAGGAUCUCAAGUAUUUGCCUGUCUUUCAUCAAACUUAUAUGAGUGUGCAGACUAGAGGGACACCUCCACCACCGCAAGGUGGGAAUUCGCCUCCCAUGCAAUAUUCCUUGGAGUCAUAUAUUCGUCAACAGCCUAUGUCACCGCCUAGAAGUUACCCUGUCCCUGACUUGGGCCUGGACAGUCCAGAUAAUAAUAGUUCUUUACACAACUAUGGUGACCAAUCUGUUGAAGAAAAGAGAGAAUUUCUUCUGAUCACUCGAAACAGCCUUGACUUGUUCUCCAGCAUGUUGAAUUCAGAACCAAAACACAUCAAGGAUGAUUUGAUGGUGAGCAUGCUGGAGAAGUGUAAGCAGUCGCUGCCUUCUGUUCAGAGAAUUGCUGAAAGCACUAUUGAUGAUGAGGUUAUGCUCUUUGAGGCUCUGAAUCUUCACGAUGAGCUUCAACAAGUCAUUUUCAGAUACGAGGAAAUGGAAGCUGCAUUAGUGCCCAAAAGUGCACCGCCUGAAAACCCUGAUACCACUGAAGGCAAUUCACUUUUGCCAGUUGCAACCCGGAGUGAAAUGAAGAGGGGAAAUUCCCAAGAGGAGGAGAGCACAGAAUCCAGCAGUGAAACCAAAAAGGAAAAUUCUCCAAAUGAACAGAGAGUUGAAUCAGUCAUUGACAAGAGAAGUAUUGACUGAAUGAGUGGGGGGUAAGUAGUGGUUGUAUGUAAUUUAUAUCUACGUAUUGUUCUGUGUAGUUUUUGUUGCCCUGGGCAUACUUCAUUAACCAUUAGCCCAUUACAUCCAGGAUAUUAUAGUUUGCUUCUCUUUGAAUGAGGUGGUUAUUUAUGUUUCUUUGA